AUAAAACAUCUUAUUUUUCCCUACUUGGGAUGCCAAUCUUUUUACUAAUCACGUGAGAAACCAUUUAGCGUUUUUCAAGUGUCGUAAGAUCUUAUUAACCUUAAAUACGUAUGACCUGUUUUUGCGUAGCAUCUAGAGGAGCCAGAGAGCGAGAGAGAGAGAGAAACCAUUACAUUGAUCAUGAGCGUCUUUGAACGCGAAGCUCUUUAAGUACAUAGCCGAGUGCUUCAAUUCGGAAAAAAGGAAAAGAAAUGGAACAAAUGGUGUAUAUAGUCUCUGUUGUUUUCACUUGUCUUGCUCUUCUUAUCAUCCCUGUUAUCUUCGUAACUCGGCGUCUAAGUGUUCAUCUCUCCUUCAAAAACAUCCUCAGAUUCAUUAAACUCGUAGCUUCUCAACUCGAUGAUGAGGAAGAGAAUAACGAGAAAGGUGGUACAAUGGGAGAGGAAGAGAAACGACGGAGACUGCCAAAGCACGUGGCGAUUAUAUUGGACGGAAACAGACGUUGGGCGGAGAAACGAGGACUCGGAACAUCGGAAGGUCACCAGGCCGGAGCGAGGAGGCUUAUCGAGAAUGCUAAAGACUGUUUCGCUAUGGGGAUAAACACUGUCUCACUCUUUGCUUUCUCCACCGAAAAUUGGGCAAGACCUGAGGAUGAAGUUAACGGCCUGAUGGCCUUGUUUGAGAAACAUUUGAGGUCUGAGAUGGCUUUCUUCCAAAGGUACUCAACAUCUUACUUUGAUCCUUUUAUUAAAAGCUAUUAGUAUAUAGUUUUUAAGUUUCUAUUAUUUAGGGAAACCCAAACUCGACUAGCUUUCUAAAAAUAAUAUAAAAAGGGUGAGAAAUAAACUAUUUCUUUAUAUGAAAACACAUUUUUUCAGCAACACACAAAAAUAUGAAGUUUUAAUUUUAAGAAAGAACAAUAACAAAAAUGGUUUUGAUUAUCUUAUACAUACAGUGAUAAAAUCAAGAUCUCGGUGAUUGGAAACCGAACAAAAAUCUCCCAGUCGCUUCUAGGUUUGAUAACAGAAGCAGAGGAAGCUACAAAGAGCUACGAAGAGAAGCAUCUCAUUAUAGCAAUAGACUAUAGUGGAAGAUUUGAUAUUUUACAAGCUUGCAAAAGUCUUGCAGAGAAGGCGAAAAACGGGCUGAUCCAAGUAGAGGACAUUGACGAGGAUGUGAUGGAGAAAGAGUUGAUGACAAACUGUAGUGAGUUCCCAAACCCUGACCUAUUGAUUAGAACGAGCGGAGAGCAAAGGAUCAGUAACUUCUUCUUAUGGCAAUCUGCUUACACUGAGCUCUACUUUCCUAACGUUCUAUGGCCUGACUUCGGUGAGGCUGAGUAUCUUGAGGCCUUGACUUGGUAUCAGCAAAGGCAGAGGCGAUUCGGUCUAAGAGUUUAGAAUUUGAGUGUUAUGUCUCACAAAUAAAUUGUUUCAAGUAUAGUAGUGGUCCGAUUGUUUCAAACAUAUAUACUUUGCCUUUGUUUUUUUUACGUUUACUAAUUAUAAGUGACUUUUU